AUCCAUCCUAUCAAGCAUCUUGUUUUGCUAGUGGUCAUGUUGGGUGGUCAUUCCGGCAGAGUUGUAUUUUUGGUGUGGAAAUUUUUCUCCAAAAGAUGAGGGAUGCAGGACCUGCGGUCAUUGCUCCUUCUGACUUGGAGGGUGGGCACUGUUCACGAGUGCCAUUUCCUCAAUUGCCAGGUCACUACUGGAUAUCUCGUGCAUCUCUCCGUACUUCAAGAGCUUUUGUCUAGCAAAAUUUGGUCCGGCUCAUGAGUUGCAAACCUCUCAGCCUGCUCAAAAGCCGGACCAUGUCAAUCCUUGCUUGCACGUUACAUCGCUUUGUUUUUCUCUUUUGUCUUUGUCUCGUACUCGUAUCUUCUUCUUUUCCAAUGACACCUUCCUGUUGUGAUGGUUGUUUGGUGAUCUAUUGCAGAUUUACCGCUCCAAUCUUCGUGUACAGCCGAGAGAAACCUCAACCCCUUCGAAGCCUCUCCACAAAAGAACAGCACAGCACAGCACAGUCGGCAGAGAAUGAAAAAGGCAAGCACGUAGAGAAUUUUCGCACCUACGGCACAACCCCAACCACCAAACCUUCUGCUACUCAAUCGCAAGCCGAAUAAAAGAUGGGAGGUCUAGGCUAUGGGCAAACAAAAAACAAAUGCCGCUUCUGUGGAUCGAACACAGUGCCUCCAGAAUACUCUUGUUGCG